UAACUCUGUCAAUAACAAUAUACAUAUACAUUUUGUUGUAAAAAGAGUAUACAUAUGCAUUGUUAUUCGAUGCAGCGGGUAUAUAUGUCGAAGCAAAGAAUAAACUUUUAUUUUCAGUUUUCUCUCUUUGUCUACUCUUCGUCAUCUUCUGAAGAAAUUCUGAUCAAAAUCAAGUAUUAUAUCGUAACUUACACAUGGCUAAUUCCGUGACCGAAACGAUGUGGGUGACAGAUAAUGAAGAAAUUCAGAAGAUGAUGAUACUGUGGCCAAGUAUUGUCCGUGAUAUUACAGAAUCGAUCGACUUAAACAUUCCAGAUUUUACUAUAUGGAUGAAAAAACUUUUGCAAUAUAAUGUUCCAAACGGAAAAAAAGUUCGUAGUUUAGCAUUAAUUUAUGCUUACAAAUCAUUGGCAUCACGUAAUCAACUUACGGAAGAUAACCUUCGUUUAGUACGGAUUUUAGCGUGGUGCAUAGAACUGUUGCAAGCUGCCGUGCUCAUACUUGAUGACAUACAAGAUCGAUCGUUACUCCGUCGAGGACAACCUUGUUGGUAUCGACGCUGUGACGUAGAAUUAAUGGCUAUUUCUGAUGGUAUAAUGUUAGAGCAAACUCUGUUUUAUAUAAUUCGGAAAUAUUUCAACAAAAAAGAAUGUUACAUUGAUUUAUUAGAAACAUUCCACGAUGUCAUCUAUAAGGCGACAAUGGGACAGUGCAUAGAUCUGUGUUCCAGCAAUCUCGGUAAAAAGCUCAAUGUACAUUUGUUUACAAUGGAUCGAUAUAAUUCCAUUGCCGAGCACAAAACAGCGUAUUGUACAUGUUAUUUGCCAAUAACCGCAGCAAUGCACUUAGUAGGACUAAAAGAUCCUGAAAUGUUCAGGCAAACGAAACACAUCUUGUUAGACAUGGGACGUUUGUUCCAAGUUCAAGAUGACUAUCUGGCUUGCUAUGGAGAUUCCGAGGCCUUUGGCAAAGAUAAUACUGAUAUACAAGAAGGAAAAUGUACGUGGCUAGUUGUUACAGCUCUCGAUCGCGCUACUACAGAGCAACGUAAAAUUUUAAGAGAGUGUUACGGAUUUUCGGAUCCGGAGAAAACAAGACGCGUGAAACAGCUCUUCAUUGAUAUGAAUCUGUCGAAUAUUUAUUUAACAUACGAAGAACAAGAAUACAAUUUAUUAAUUACUCGUAUACAGCAGAUAUCAUACGGACGUAGUCUUUUCUUAGAUUUAUUAGAGGGAAUUUAUCAUAGAAAGUCAUAAAGGUAUCUCAUUGCUGAGUGCUCAUACUGGUUACUUUAUUUUAACUAUAAAAACAUUAAAAAUUUUUUUAAAUA